AUGAUACCAGGUGACCAAGCUUCAAUUGUGGGAGGAGCAAUAGAUUACGUGAAGGAGCUGGAGCAACUCCUCCAAUCCCUCGAAGCCAAAAAGAGGACCCUACUGUUGCAGCAACAAGAUCAUCAGAAGCCCACCACGCACAAUGACGGGUAUGCGGACUCCCCGCCCUUCGCCCAGUUCUUCGCGUACCCGCAAUACGUGUGGCGCCACGUGGCGAGGGACUACCCGUUCCCGGAGAGCCGACCCGCCGUGGCCGACAUCGAGGUGAGCCUCAUAGAGACGCAUGCGAGCGUCCGCAUACUCUCUUCUAAGCGGCCGAGCCAGCUCCUUAGGAUCGUCGCCGGGCUCCACACUUUGAGGCUCACCGUGCUCCACCUCAAUGUCACCGCAUUCGACUCAAUGGUCCUCUUCUCCAUUAGUGUAAAGGUGGAAGAAGGAUGCAGUUUGACAACGGUAGACGACAUUGCCGCAGCGGUUCACCACAUCAUCUCGUUGAUUGAUGCUGAGAUGGCUUCGAUCGGGCAAUAAGACGGAGUCAUAGUAAACUGAUUGAGAUCUAAUUAACCGAACCAUGACAUCCUCUUUAAUCAUGCCUUCGUCUUGUCCUCAAUUCAACUUGUUAAUCCUUAUGUGUAGCUUAUCUUAUCUUAUCUUAUCUUAUCUUAUCUUAUCUAUAUAAUAGGCCCCCAUUGUAUAGUUUGCUCGGUCGUGGAUGCACGAGCUAGGUCCAGUUCUCGAUAUUUUGCAGGCCUUAUGAUGGCCCAUAAUCGCCGUCAUGCAAUAACAAGGUUGUUUUUGUAGCAUUACUAGGUUAGUUGUGUUGAAGUUAGCUUUCUGUAAUGAGUAUUAUAAUUUGAUGUGGCCUUAUUUGAGUACUCUUCA